AUGCACAACUCCUUUAGAGAUGAGAAAGUUGGUGAAAGUGCACAAGGGGAACAUCAAAAUGAAGAACUCAUAGAUAUGAGAAGACAUUUCUUUAAGGAAGAAGAUGAUUAUACAGUGGCUAGUCGAAAUUAUGUAGAAGAUUUAAAGGGUUACAUGAAUCGAGUAAAUACCUUUAGAUCGUGGCUAAAAAAACCUGCACAAUUAUGUUCCCUCCUUUUAGCUAGGAACGGGUUCAUAUGUGAAAGUGAAAAUACUAUAAGAUGCGAAAUGUGUAAAUGCAAAUUUGUGUAUGAGAAAGAUACAUAUUCCAUGUAUACAAAAAUAAAUGAUUUAUGUUUAUUGCAUUUAAAAAAUUGUCCAUGGAAAGGUAAAUUAAUGGGCCUACAUAUUUUUCACCUCGAUGAAGAAUCGCUGAAAAGAGACAACUUACUGAGAGACUAUGAAAACAUGAUAAUGUUAAUACAAAAUGAUAAUUAUGAAAUACCAUAUAUAAAUAUAAAGAAAACAAUUAACGACUUUAUUUUAAUUAUUAAGAAACAUUUAACUAAUAAUGAUGCAAAGAAUAAAUUUCAUAUAUUCACUUCGUAUGUUGAAUUCUUUAAAAUGUACUAUGUCGAUAUAUUUAGAAAUCAUAAAGAUGUGGUUGACAAAGGUAUCAAAUUGAUUAAGUCGAAUUACCAAAAUUAUGAGAAACCCACCGUGGAUGAAGCAUUUUUAAAUAACUUAUCUUAUGACCCCUUAGAUGUACAUACAUAUAUAAACAUCUUAUCAGAUGAGAAUAGUAUAUCUAGUCUCAAUAAUCCAAAUGAUGAUAUUAACAUGUAUUUUAAAAUUGUAAGCAAACUGAAAAACCAUGAAUACCAAGAUGUAAGUCUCUAUAAGCUCAUUGCCUUAUUUGGGUGGACAUACAAAUUACAUGAAACGGAAAAAAAUCUUUCUUCUAAUAUUCUCUAUUGUAGACAUUGCUUUAGAGAAGUUGACAUGAGUUAUUAUUCUACCUUUUCAAGAACUGACAACAAGUUGAAUUUAUUCAAGCCAAUAGACCCCCUUCUCUGUGAGGAAAUAGCUAGCUAUUUUGAAAAUCAUUCCAAAGGAGAGGAAUUAGGAGGAGGAAAACAGUCACUCAAUUAUAUUGGCGAUAUUGGAGAUGUGAUAGACCAUCUUUUGAGCUUGACCUAUGGGUGCGUAGAUCAGAAGUAUGCUGAUGGCGAAGGGAAGCGUGAUGAGGUGGUGGGUGAAGAGGGGCAGUAUGAUGAAGUGAAGGGGGAAGAGGGGCCGUGUAAAGAAGUGAGGGGUGAAGAGGGGCCGUGUAAAGAAGUGAGGGGUGAAGAAGGACAGUGUAAAGAAGUGAGGGGUGAAGAGGGGCCGUGUAAAGAAGUGAGGGGUGAAGAGGGGCCGUGUAAAGAAGUGAGGGGUGAAGAGGGGCCGUGUAAAGAAGUGAGGGGUGAAGAGGGGCCGUGUAAAGAAGUGAGGGGUGAAGAAGGACAGUGUGGUGAAGCGAGGGAUGAAGAUACCAUGAAUGAUGCAUUAAAGAAUGAUGCACCGAAGGAGCAGGAAGGAUUCCCCUUCAAGUGGAGCUUAAAGCACCUUUUUCUCCCAAAAAAGAGCACCGAUGAUGUGGGGGAAAAGCAUUAUGGUGAUGACACAUUGCCAAGUGAAAAUCCACUGACAAGCAGCUACGAAGGCAUAAUGAACAUGAAUGAGAAAAUGGACCUAUCAGUUGUAAAAGAAAAAAAAAAAAAAAAAAAAAUUUCAAUAAAAAAUACGUUGAGUGAAGUAUUCCUUGAGAUAAGUGAUUACACAGAGGAUGAAAACUUAUUUAUCAAAACGGUUCAAGAUUAUUACGUACUAAAGGGGAAUCCUAAUGAGGUGGUACGUCCUUUCAGUGAAGAUAGUACAAAGAGUAAGAAUAUCUCAGAUACUGUGAACGGUAAAGAAGAGCUGAACAGAUCAAACUUGUAUAUAAUUCGACCCUUUAACUUGAUUGAAAAUCAUAGAGUGUUCUGUCCUUAUAUGACAGAAGAUUUGUAUGGCUUUUCCAAGAUAACGAAACUAUUUUUCGAGUUGCUUAUGUCGGAAUCUCAGAGGCGAUACGUGAUUAUGUAG